UUUCCCUCCCACCCCUGUGCUGCCCCAUCAUGCUUGGAGACCACAGCAGUCUGCCCGCAGACCGAGCUCUGCUCAGCCAGCCCCCCAAAACUGGACUCCGCUGCAAAAUGGUGCUUCAGGCAGUUGGCAGAGUGCUCAGGAAGUCAAAAGCGAAGCCUAACGGGAAGAAGCCUGCCACGGAGGAGAAGAAGAUGUACCUGGAACCAGAGUACACCAAGUCCAGGAUCACGGACUUUGAGUUCAAGGAGCUGGUGGUGCUGCCGCGGGAGAUCGACCUCAACGAGUGGCUGGCCAGCAACACCACAACGUUCUUCCACCACGUCAACCUGCAGUAUAGCACCAUCUCAGAAUUCUGCACAGGAGAAGCGUGCCAGACCAUGGCCGUUUGCAACACACAGUACUACUGGUACGACGAGCGGGGGAAGAAGGUCAAGUGCACGGCCCCACAGUACGUCGACUUUGUCAUGAGCUCCGUGCAGAAGCUGGUGACUGAUGAGGACGUGUUCCCCACGAAAUAUGGCAGAGAAUUCCCCAGCUCCUUCGAGUCUCUGGUGAAGAAGAUCUGCAAGUACCUGUUCCACGUACUGGCACACAUCUACUCAUCCCACUUCAAGGAGACCCUGGCCCUCGAGCUGCACGGACACUUGAACACACUCUACGUCCACUUCAUUCUUUUUGCCAGGGAGUUCAACCUGCUCGACCCCAAAGAGACCGCCGUCAUGGACGACCUCACGGAGGUGCUGUGCAGCGGCGGGGGCCACGGAGGGGGCGGCGGGGACGGGACCGGCAGCGGGGGCACGGGGGCACAGAACCAUGUGAAGGAGAGGUGAGCCCCCGGCUGGCAGGCGUGCACGUGUGCAGAGAGACGGUGGUACGGGUGCUGCGCGUCUGCGUGUGCGCACACAUGCCGGCAUGCUCGGCCAGAGGUCAGAGGGGACGCUGUCCCCGGCUGGCUGCGCAGAGUGGGGCUCCCUGGAAGCUGGCGGGCGCAGCGCGUCUGACCGGCUCCCCACGCGGUUUCCUGUUGGAUGGAUGAGUGCCGCUUGUCACGAAGAACUCUGGACUUCCUUCACUUGCUCAGCAAACGUUAUGGGACUGGCGAUCUGCAUUUCCUUCUGUGGGGUCCUUCCUUUGGUCUUCCGUGCAGCCCAGCCCCACCUCCCCCGAGGGCUCUGCCAUUUGAGAGAAAUCCACCAGGGAGGGACGGGCUCCCCCAGGAGGCUUGGUGUGCAGACGUCUCGUUCCGCUCGGUUUGGUUUUGUUUUCGGGGGUGGGGUUAUUUUUAGAGAUUCCUGCCGGGCUCCCCCUCCUGUCUCCCGGCCUGGCCUGGAUCUUGACUGUCGGGAGCUCCCUGAGGGUGGGGAGGGGGAGGC